AUGCUCCGCUCCAUCGUCUCUGUCUUUGCGCUCGUGCCGCUCGCCCUCGCUGGCCUUGUGCCGCGUCAGGGUCCGAACACGUACUUCUACGGCCACGAGACGGACAUGACGUCCGCUGGAAACUUCACGCUUCACCUGGCGCCCGUUUCCAAGACGUUUGCGCAACAGCUCGCCGGCGACAUCCAGCUGCUGCCCGUGACUGGCCUGCCGGCCGACUUCCUCAAGGACGACGAGCACGUGCUGCUCUUCUCGCAGCAGUACAUGAGCGACAUUCGCCAGCGCCUCGCCGGCAUCGAUCUCCGCAUCGACCGGCUCAACUCCUUCUCCCUCAUCGUGCCCUUCGUCGAUGCGGCCAAGGACGGCAAGACGCCCUUCUCCUUCAUCCAGCACGUCUACCAGGACCAGCUCAUCCCCUCGACGGUCAGCGUGCUUGCCAAGAUCGACUCCGAGGUCGCGACCUUCAAGCCCAAGGAUGCGGCCUACUCGCAGAUCGCGCCCGGUCUCUUCUCCUUCCAGAUCCUGCAGGGUCUGGCGAAUGCCAUUGACGGACCCGGCCCCGAGGGCCCGCGCUUUGAGGCGCUCUUCGAGCCGGCGCCGCAGCGAUCCGUGACUGCGGAGAUGUUCCAGGCUAUUCAAGGCCAGCCCAUCACCUACUCGGGCGAUGGCUGCACGACGCAGACGUUCGACUGGACCGUGCCGUUCGCCGAGCCCUUCUUCGCCACGGGCGACGUCGAGACCUACUCGCCCCUCACGCCCACGCCGAUGCAGUGGAAGGGCCUGCAGAGCUGGAGCUCAUCGGCUGUCGGCCUUGCGCCCGCCACCGUGAACGCCAACUUCGGCCUCUCGGACUGCGGCGAGAUCGCGCGCAACCAGUCGCAGAAGGCCUGA